UCGAUUCCUAUGUUACCACGCAAAUAUGAAUCGAUUCCUAACGCGGAAGUGGUCGUGUGUUUACGGGUCUGGGGACUCCAACGCUCACUUCCUUACCGCCUCUUCUGCCCACACCUCUUCAUCCUCUUCUGCCCUCACCUCUUCAUCCUCUACUGCCCUUACCGCCUCUUCAUCUCCUACUGCCCUCACCGCCUUCUCACCGAUGUACUUACUGUAACCCCUGGCCACCUGAUUAUCUGAUUACAUAUUCACCUCGUCUCUCAUCACCACCUCGUCAUUGCGCAGCCUCGACGCCUCCACGACCUGACCUCCUCGGCGCCGAGCAUGGGGGACGACGAGGAGCAGGGGAGUCGGCCGCGAGCGGAAGGGACCCCGCGAUCUGGACCCAGCGUCGCGGGCCCCUCGACCGGGACGCCUCGGGUCGACGCGGGCUGCGACGCGGAGCUGCUGCAGCAGAUCCGGGAUCUCCUGCGGGAAAAUCAGAGGCUGAAGGUGGAGCAGGUGAGGCCCACGGAGCAGGUGAGGCCCACGGAGCAGGAGGAGGAGCUCAAGGCGUGCAAGACCAAGCUGGCAGCGGCGCAGAGCAACGCGGAUCAGCUGGACGAGCGAGCAAAGUUGCUGGAGAGGAAGUUCCAGGAGGAGAGGAGUAGGCACAAGGCGGAGGAGCAGGCGAUGACGAUGGAGAUCAACAAGCUCCGCACAGCGAGCGUCGCUGACAAGAAGAAAAUCCAGGAGAUUGAGGCGGCCUACAAGAGGAAAAUGGAAGCCAAGCCUGAAGGCUCCCAGUACGAGGAGGAGCUGAAGGCCGCCGAGCAGGCCCUGGUGGCCAAGCAGGAGCACAUCGACAAGCUGAAGGAGGAGUUAGAGACCCAGCACUCAAAGGUGCAAAAUGUCGCCGCCCUGCGUGAAAAGGUGCACGAGCUGCAGGAGGACCUGGACGCGCACGAGCGGGCCCUGGCCGCGAAGGAUCAGCACAAUGAGCUGCUGCAAUCGCAGCUGGAGGCGGCACUCGCCAAGAUCUCGCCGCCGAUAAACCCCGUGCCCAGCUCGCAGUACCAGUGCCCCAUCUGCAACUACUGCGCGCCGGACUACGACACCAUCGAGAUCCACGUGCAGAGCUGCAUCACAUGAGCGUCCCAUGCCCAGUGGUGGUGGUGGUGGCAGCGGCCGUAGUGGAAAUAUUUUGACCCCAACUCACAGCAAUUUGGACCACGGUGGAUCCAGAAUACUAUGCCUGUUUUUGACCCCGAGUUUGGUUUAUGUUUUUGGUAAUGUGACUCCCACACUGCGGGGAUAUAAUACCCCUCCGCUUCCUGAGGGUUGGCGAUACUAUUGGUUACUGUCAGGGUCAGAAUUACGGUGAGAAUUCUAGCCGGUCCCCCAGCUCGCCCCCUCCCCGGGAAUCCGAAUUAGGCUGUGGGGUUAAACUACCACAGGGGGUAGAGUUCAAAUAAUAUAUCAAAAUCUGACCCAGGGUCAGAAGUCCAUGGGGAUCGAAGUACUAUCUCCCACCAGACUGCCGGUCAUGGCGCGCGCAUGUGUACGUCUGUGCGUGUGUGUGCGUGCGUGCGUGUCCGUGCCGUUUUGUAUGCCGGUCGGCACGGGUUGCUGCUCGUCCGCAUAACUAACCAUCACCGCCACCGCAGCCUCCAUUGCCAGGCGUUGCGCAGGAGUGCUUGGCGGGGAUUGAGGUCGAGGUCGUCGUGUGAUUUGCGUUACCCACUCGUUGCUUAAGAUGAAUAGUUACGCAUUUUGAUUUAAAGCUGUCGUGACUGCAGGGAUUCAUAUUCUUGGUUCUUUCUUUUAUUGUUUCCCUUCUACGUGACUUUACCGAAAGAACCAAGAAUAUAGUUACGCAUUUGUUUUACACGUCCCAAUCGUUCGCGCUUACGAUUCGCAUCAGUGACUUUGGCAGCGUUGCGUUGAAGCUAGUAGGGGUGUGGUGAAUGUGAUUGUUUCAAGUGAGAGGGAAUGUUUUUAAAAACAACAUUUUUUUUAAUGGGGCAAUAGAAUCAAACUAGACGAACGGUCGUUCAUGCAAGACAAUGGCGAUACUAAUUAUUAACUGAUAUUUUGUUUAUUUUACCAGGUAAGACCCACUGAGCUAUAGAGCUAUUUUUCAGAAGCGACAUGGCCACAAAUGAUGGCUCUACGAAGUGGCUUAUCGCGUGAAAAUUUACAGCAGGUGAAUACUCUACACGCAUGUUUCUAAAUGUGAAGGGGAAAAUCCGGAAGACGAGAAAAAUCCACGUGGCCACAGGGAGAACAUGCAAACCCACGAGGUGCAAACCACAAACUAGUGUCACCGUUCAAAUGAGAUGGAGUAGGACAGCCAAAACAAGACAACCAAGACCAGCCGUUGAGAUGGUACGAGAGAAUCCAGCCUCGAUGCGGAGUCGCUGGAUGGAGGGGAUGGUGGUGUGGUGGUGAUCGGUACACGCCGAGUCUGCACCGUGGUGCGUGUGGUCGACGGGACCAGCCGCCGCUGCGUGCACGUACCGCACUCUACGCACGUAACGUGUGACUUUGUGCGGGGUGGGAGCGGCUUCACUGACUUCACCAGAGCUCGGUUUUAGUUGCGUCCGAUCGCGUGGCCUAAACCCGAACCACCCGGGACGCGCCGGGUCUCACCCGAUCUCGGAAAGUCAAUCAAGGGUGGAACCUGGCUAAUGCUUGGAUGGGCGACGGCCGCGUGCAAACAGGCGGUCAAAGGUCACUGCGGGGCAGUGCGCCAAAACCCGUUGUUGCGCAGUACAGGCGUGCCUCGCGACCAAUUUGUUCGCAAAACGGGCAAAAAGUUUGCUUAGCGAGUGGAGACCGACCAGUCUAAUGCGACUUGUGACGGCAGGGAGCGCACUGCGGCCCGCAGCUGUUUUGCAGCUGCGCGCUGUGUGCCCGCGUGAUUCGUCGCGUUGAAGGGGGUGGCAUCGUGGUGGCACUAAUGGAAGGGUGGGGGGGGCGGCGCUAAUUGCAGAUGCUCAGGACAGGAAGUCGCGCUCCAUCUCGCAUGGAGCGCGACAUCGUGGCUAUGAACCCAGCAAACCCGGUUCAAUUUCAAGCCACGGCCGAGUGAUAUUUUAACCAGCGGGCCCUGCAUGGCCCCUGCUACUACUCCCUCCACUCGCGAACAACUACCCUUUAAACAACAUGCCAGGCACCUGCAAGCACUGUGGUUCUUCGUGUGGCAUGGGUUACAUUUGAUGUUUUAUUAAUAAAUUUCAAAUUUUUAUUUGUAUUUCUGAUGCCAAUUGUAAAACGACGAUCGUUUAACGAGUUUUCGCUUUCCAAGCAAUUUUUGCGCAACGCAUCUCGCUCAUGGAGCGAGACACGGCCCGUAGUUCAUUGCUCCCACGGCCACGCGCCCUCCCUUCACGGAGUCCGCGCGGCCACGUGUGCUCAAACAACAACAACAAACAACCGCCAUUCGCCACUAAGUGGCGAUGACGUUACCAGGGCGCUUGUCAGGCUAGGUGCACGUUAAGGCCACGUGAAGUGUCGAACGCCCGCUGGCAGGAGGUCACGGGGCAGACCCAUGUGCCAUGUGGUCAAACAGCCCCCCAACGACCUGCGCGGCGUGGGGACGCCUUCAUCCAGCAGCGGGAUCGAUGAGCGGGGCCGUGCACGUACGUGUGCACGGGUGGUGGUACUUUAACACACGGUGUGACGUCUUCUCGGCAGUGGGACUGUGCAAUAUAUACUCGGUGGGGGUGACUACGUGCUGUCGGUGUUGUGUAAUCAUUAAAUGCUAUAAUGGUU